AUGGCCGCCCGACUCUUAUCCACCCGACUGCCCAUCUCCGUCCCCGUCUCACUCGGGGUCAAGCCCGCUAGACAUACUCUUAAAGCAAACCUGGGAGCCGUGAGGGGAUACGCUACGAAACCCACCUCGUCCUCGUCGGCAAAAGCGAAGAAACCCCUGUCGUUCUUACUCGCUAGCGGUCUGAUCCUCGCAGGCGGGUACGCCCUGACCCCUUCCACGACCUACGCCGACUCGCAGUCUUUGGAGAAUAACACCAACUCGAUCUUACCCCUCACUUCGGCCUCGGCACAGGAUAACAAACAUACCGAGACGACCCUCUCCCGAACCCCUCUCUCCGCCCUCCUCCGGACCUACUUGGUUUACACAUUCACCUCCCUCCCCUUGAUCGUGGACUAUUCCCCUCAAAUCCUCGAUUUCUUGACCAACUCCUCCAUCCCCGGUGUAAAGGCUGUUAGCGAGUGGGUCGUGAGGAAGACGUUUUUCGACCAGUUCGUAGGGGGGGACGAUGUUAGGAGUUGUCUGCCCGUCAUGGAGACGUUACGGGGGGAGGGGAUUGGGACGAUGUUGGUUUAUUCCGUCGAGGAGGAGAAUGAGGCGAAGAGGUUGGAACUCGAGAUUGAAGAAAAGGUCAGGCAAGCCACGGAAGAAAGGGUAGAAGAGACCUUGAGGUGUAUCCGGGUCGCCGGGGAUUUCGAGAGGAGGAUGAAAGCGAGGACAGGCGGGGUUGGGUUUGGGGGUACUUAUACCGGCUUAACGCCCGAUCCGACCGUCCUCCAUCGAGCGUCAACCACCCUGCUCCGACUCCGCCCUUCCACCCUCCCUGAACCGGUGCACUACCCCUCCACCCCGACCUCGAUCGAUAACAAGAUCCUCGCCCGUCCCGCCUGCUACGACUCCAACUCUAGCUCCAUCAAGACGCUGGAAAACCUGCCUCUGGGGGCGACUGGGGAUGGAGGGGUCUUAGAGGGGGAAGAAGGGCUCAAGGAGGGCGAUCUGAGGAAAUUGGAUGGGCUUUGGGGGACUUUGAAGAGGGUCGGAGAGGCUGCGAGGGAGGAAGGGAUCAAGGUCGCUGUGGAUGCUGAACAUUCUUGGUACCAGCCCGCUAUCGAUGGGUACACGAUGCUGCUCUCCCAGGAAUACAACAAGAUGCCCCGAUCGGGAGCUUCGCAAAAGGAGAUCGAACGGUCCUUGCCCGUCUUUUACGGAACGUACCAAGCCUACCUGCGUCGACUUCCCGCCCACCUCGACCACGCCAUCAAGCACGCCGAGGAGAACGAUUACGUGCUCGGUGUCAAGCUCGUCCGAGGAGCUUAUCACUUGCAAGAGACGAAAAAGUGGAAGGACGAGGGGAGGGGCAAGUUUGGAAAGGAUCCGAUCUGGGACGACAAAGCCGCCACCGACAAGGCCUACGACGACGCCCUCGUCCUCUUGCUCCGACGCAUCUCCACCGACCUGAAGAAGAACCCCACGGGUGUCCCGCUCGUCGGCGCCUACUUUGGGACGCACAACAAGGAGAGCUGCGAAUUGGUCAAGGACCGACUGGUCGCAGAGGGAUUGGGCGAAGAGGUCAAGGAGACGGGAAGGAUCAGGUUGAUGGACGGCGUCGCCGGGAGGGUGUGUACUGGGCAGCUUUACGGCAUGUCGGACGAGUUGACCGAGAGCGUCGCGGCGACGUACGAAAAGUCGGGGACGCCGAUGGCCAGCAAGUACUUGCCUUAUGGAGCACUGCGCGAGGUCCUGCCUUACCUCGGUCGAAGAGCGAUCGAGAACAAGUCGUUGUUGAGCGGAGAGGGCGGCGCGAGCUCGGAACGACGACGGGUCUGGGCAGAGAUCCGACGACGUAUCGGGUUCUAA